AUGUCCACCAUAUCCGAACUCGUCGCUCCCUCUCUCUCCGCAGACGAGCGCGAAUCCGCCCGCGUGGCAAUCUAUCGAUUCUUCGCGACACGGGGCCGCUCGCCGACUCUCACGACAAUCAUGCGCGCCUCCUCCCUCUCUGCUCCACAAGCUCGGCGUGCGCUUUUGGACCUGCACCAGUCGCGCGACUUAGUGCUCGAUCCGGGGGUGAAGCGUGCGUGGGAGGCCGGGGAGACCGGGGAGUCUGGGCAUGAAGGACCAAACGGCGACGGAGAGGAGGAAUCACUCGUAGUCCUCGCACACCCCUUCUCGAGCGUCAAUCUCGGGUUCAGCGUCAUGGGCCGCAACAACGUGUACUGGGGCGGCUGCGCAUGGGACGCGUUCGCGCUGCCGAGCCUCGUUCCCUCCGAGUCGCCCUGUCUCAUUGCCACCCGAUGCCCGGGCUGUCGCAACCCGAUCGCCGUCGAUGUCUCGAGCGAUUAUCCGCCCCUCGCUGGCCCCGAGGCCCCAGUUGAAGCCACGGCGGCAAGAAUGGAAGGACCGGGACCAGUGGCACACUUUGCCACGCCAAUGAAGGAUGCGUGGGAGGAUGUCGUCAAGACUUGCUCGAUGCAGAAUCUCUUCUGCACCGAGGGAUGUGUGGAGAGGUGGUGUAAACAAGAGGGAAGGGCGAAGGGCUACGUCAUGGACGUUGAUACCCUUUGGCACUUUGCGAGGGAUUGGUAUACUGGAAGGCUUGAACGGGGGUACGAGAGAAGAGAACCGGCUCAGGCGAAGGAGUAUUUCCGAAAGGUUGGGCUGAGGGGUUCGUUCUGGGGACUGGAGGACUGA